AUGGCAGAUCCAUUCGAAGUUCGCAUGCGAUUUACUACGCAACUCCAGCAUCUCAGUGCUGCAGUUACAUCGUCACAAAGAGCGGCACAAUAUGCGCUCAAAUACCGGGACAUGGAUGAAGAUCUCCAUUCAUGUAUCCUAGAGCAGCUUGAAAGAAAUAAUAUGAACAAUCGCGCAAACAUCAUGUACUUCAUCGAACACUUCUGCGAACUCGCCAGCAAGGAAAACCAUCUCAACUACGUCCGCAUGAUUCAGCGCGACAUGCUCACAAUCGUCGACUCCGUCGCCCCCGCAGACGGCUCUGGAGCCGCGAACGUAAAGCACGUCCGCCGAGUUCUGCAAGGUCUACAAGACAAAAAUUUCCUGUCCAGCGAAACUGUCGCCGAAAUCGACUCGGCCCUAAAAGAACGAGAAACAAACCCCUCAAAUGUGCUUGACUCCGAGGCUCCGGAGGCCUCUGGCCAAACACCCAGCCGUGGCUCAAAGGCCAAUGGAACGAUUCGAGUUGAUAAAAGACAGAUUGAGCAGCGGAUUGAAGAAGACCGUGAACGAAAUAAGAGGCUGCGGGAAAGUAUGUGGACGGUUAGUGGCGAUAAUAAAGGUGAGUUUCAGCAGUGCUGGGAUGAGGUCAGUGAUAUUGGCGAGGACGAUUAUCUCGGUGCGGAGGAGGAGUUCGGGGAGAGGAGGCAGAUGGUUACUGCUUAG